AUGGGAAUGAACUGUCAGGGGAAGGAAUGGGAACAGCUACCUAAGCAGUCAAAGCUUAGUGUGUGCUGUUUAAGGGUGGCCCAAUGUUACAGAAGGGGUAAUGGUGGCUGGCAGUCUGCUUGUUGCACGAACAACGAAUCCAUGUACCCUCUGCCAAUGAAUCCCAAGAAAAAGGGAGCUCGUGUGCCCGGUAGAAAAAUGAGUGGAGGUGCUUUCAGGAAACUGUUGAGGAGGCUGAGUUCUGAAGGCCAUAUUUUGUCUCAACCGAUUGACUUGAAGAAUCACUGGGCUAGGCAUGGUACUAAUCGAUAUGUGAUAUUUAAGUAA